CGCGCGGCGGCGGAAAUGGAUUCGGAGGACGACACGCGCGACUCUGCCGACGAGGACUUCUACAGCGGCGGCGAGGCGGGCCUCGCCCUCAGCGACGACGGGGACGCGGACUACGACUUCGCCGAUCACGACUCGGACGACUCCGACGACCUCAUCUCGCACAGGCAGCAGCAAAACUACAGUGUGCUGAGUGAAGAUGACAUAAAGCAACAUCAAGCAGAUGACAUGAAUCGGGUUUCAACUGUUCUUUCAAUCUCAAAAGCAGAAGCAUGUGCCCUUCUUCGCAGUUAUAACUGGAGCGUUAGUAAGGUACAUGAUGAGUGGUUUGUUGAUGAAGCACGAGUCCGUACUGCUGUUGGUUUACCGGAGAAGCAAAUUGAAAUGCCAAAUGAAAGAGAACUUUCAUGUGGGAUUUGUUUCGAAAGCUGUCCACGUGAGUCAAUGAGUGCUGCUUCAUGUGGGCAUCCUUUCUGUGGUGUAUGUUGGAGAGGCUAUAUUAGCACAGCUAUAAAUGAUGGCCCAGGAUGUUUGAUGUUGAGAUGUCCCGAUCCAUCCUGUGCUGCUGCUGUUGGACAAGAUAUGGUUAAUUUGUUAGCUAGUGACGAGGAUAAGGGAAAGUAUGAACGCUAUCUUUGCAGAUCUUACAUUGAAGAUAAUAGAAAAACAAAAUGGUGUCCUGCUCCUGGCUGUGAGUAUGCUGUCGAAUUUAUCGUGGGUGGUGGCAGCUAUGAUGUUUCUUGUGGCUGUUCUUACGGGUUCUGUUGGAAUUGUACCGAGGAAGCUCAUCGCCCUGUGGACUGUUCCACAGUUUCAAAAUGGGUUCUCAAGAACAGUGCAGAGUCCGAAAAUAUGAAUUGGAUAUUAGCUAAUUCGAAGCCUUGUCCAAAGUGUAAGCGCCCUAUUGAAAAAAACCAGGGUUGCAUGCACAUUACCUGCACACCGCCAUGUAAAUUUGAAUUUUGCUGGCUUUGUCUUGGUCCAUGGUCUGAUCAUGGGGAGAGGACAGGUGGCUUUUAUGCUUGUAAUCGCUAUGAGGCAGCACGGCAAGAGGGAGCGUUUGACGAUUCUGAAAGGAGAAGAGAAAUGGCAAAGAACUCCCUCGAGAGAUAUACACAUUACUAUGAACGAUGGGCAGCCAAUCAGUCCUCGAGGCAAAAGGCGCUUGGGGAUCUGCAGAGUCUGCAGAAUGACAAGCUUGAGAAACUAAGUGACAUACAAAGCCAACCGGAGUCACAACUUAAAUUCAUAAUAGAAGCAUGGUUACAGAUUGUUGAGUGUAGGCGGGUAUUGAAGUGGACCUACGCAUAUGGUUAUUACCUUCCAGACAAUGAGCAUGCCAAAAGACAGUUCUUUGAAUACCUGCAAGGCGAAGCAGAAUCAGGUUUGGAACGCCUUCAUCAAUGUGCGGAGAAAGAACUUCAGAUCUACCUUGAUGCAGACUGCCCAUCAAAAGAUUUCAACGACUUCCGUACAAAAUUGGCUGGAUUGACCAGUGUAACUCGCAAUUAUUUCGAGAACCUGGUCCGUGCAUUGGAGUCUGGAUUAAAUGACGUUGGACCUCACAGUGGCCAUGCUGCAUCUAGCAAGGCCGUAAGUUCGAAGAGCCUUGGCAGUAAGAGCAAGAGUGGCAAGAACAAGGCACCUGUCUCCAAGUCAGGCAGCUCAACCCGUGGCAUGGAUGAUGGUAAUAUCUGGGCAUGUGAACAGUGCACAUUUGCAAACCCUAGGUCUGCUAGGACCUGCCAGGUUUGCGAAUAUCAGCAGCACCGGUAGCUCUUGACAAGCCUUGAACAUUUGGAUUCAAUUGGACUUGAACCCCCUGUUUCCCUGUAUGCCUGAGGCGUGUGACAUAUGAAGUUACCUGCCUCUGGGGCAUGGGACAACGAUAGGGUGGAAAUAGAAGAUUGCCGCAAUGCAAGCGGCAGCAAAGGAAGAAGUAGAUUUUUCGUGUUCCUGGUUGUUAACUGACGGUGCCCAAGUGGCACAGGCUCACUCCAGUAGCAUGGUUCGUGUGUACAUAUAACUAUGACCCAGUCCGUCUUGUUUAAGAUGUGUGUUGCUGGUUGUUUGCCGGCGAUGUAUUGACCUGUUGUAGUGUUGUAUAACUGUUGUAAAAAUUGUAAUAAUAGUGUAUUGACCAUAUUGAGGACAAUUAGACAA